AUGAAUGAGUCAAACCCAUUUGGAGAGGUACAUCCCACUACUAAUAGUGAAGUUGGUUCAUCAUCCGCAUCCGUAUCCACAUCCGCAUCCGCAUCCGCAUCUUCUUCAACACCUUCAUCCACUUUACCUAACCCUCAAACACUAACUCAAAGUACACCUCAACCGAGUGGUCUUCCACCAUUACCUCAUUUCGGCCCAAAAAGAGAAAAAUCGGAAGUAUGGGAUCACUUUGAGAAAUAUGAAGAAGUGGUUGAGAGUGUGAAGGAGGAUGGGAGCAAAUAUGCAACCACUAAGAAGAGAGCUAGGUGCAAGUAUUGCACUAUGAGCUAUGCAGCAGACUCUACUAGAAAUGGGACCUCAAAUUUGAGGAAACAUAUUGAAAACUUAUGUAAGAAAUAUCCGGGAAGGGUUCCUAAAGAUAAACGGCAAAAGCUCUUGUCUUUUGACCAAGAACAUGGGGUUCUUACAUCAACAAUGCAUGGUAAAGAAGAGUGGUUAAAGGCAUGUGUAGAGAUGGUAGUAAUGGAUGAGAUGCCGUUUAGUGUGGUUGAAGGAAAAGGGUUUAGGCGGUUUUGUAAUUCUUUGAACCCCCAUUUUCAAGUGCCAUCGCGUAGGACACUUGUGAGGCAUUUCAUGGUAAUGUAUGAUGCCAUGAAACAAAAAUUGAAAGAAGAAUUAGCACCACAUAGAGUAUGCCUCACAACGGACACUUGGACAAGUGUUCAAAACAUCAAUUACAUGGUCAUCACGGCACACUUCAUAGAUGGUGAUUGGAACUUGCACAAAAGAAUCUUGAACUUUUGUGUGAUUUCCAAUCACAAGGGGAACUCAAUUGGUAAACUCCUUGAGUCAUGCUUGCUUGAUUGGGAUUUGAAGAAGAUAUUAACCAUCACGGCCGAUAAUGCUUCUUCAAACACAAAGGCUAUAGAUUACUUGAAGUCGAAAAUGGGCCAUUGGGGAAAUGGUAGUCUUUUAUUAGAGGGAAAGUAUAUGCACAUUAGGUGUUGUGCUCAUAUUGUGAAUUUGAUAGUUCGUGAUGGGUUGAAGAAGUUGGAAAAAAGCAUAGUGUGUAUAAGAAAUGCUGUGAAGUAUGUAAGAUCUUCUCCCAAAAGGUUGGAGGACUUUAAGAGUUGUGUUAAGAAAGAGCAAAUUGAAUGCAAAGGGCUUGUGGUGUUGGAUGUGCCAACAAGGUGGAAUUCCACAUAUAUGAUGUUGGAAGCCGCCUUAAAGUUUGAAAAGGCAUUUUGGAGAAUGGGAGAAGAUGAUGAAGGCCCAUAUAUUUCUUGGUUUGGUGAAGAUGAACCGGAUCUUGAAGAUGGGGUGGUUAUGUCUCAUUAUCCUAGAAAGAGGGAAGGACCACCAACUAAUGAAGAUUGGAACAAUGCUCGUACCUUUGUGAAUUUUUUGAAGGUAUUUUAUGAUGCUACAUUGAAGAUGAGUGUCACUUUGCAUCCCGCUUCCCACACCACAUUUCAUGACUUGAUUGCAAUGGAAGAAGAAAUUGAGGAUUUGUUGAUGGAAGAGGAGGAAAUAUUAAGUGAAACCCAAACCUCCAAGGUUUUGAAGGACAUGGCACUUAACAUGAAGAUGAAGUUUAAAAACCGGUUUGAAAACCCGGAAGAUGCGGUUAAGAAGAAGAAUGAGAUCAAAGAGAUUUUAAAGAAGUUUUAUGAAGAAUAUGCCAUGCCACCACCACCACCACCACCUACUCAAAGUAGUAGUUAUUAUUCUAGUGAUACUACUACAAUGAGUACAAGUAGUAGCCGAGGGGGAAAGAAACGAAGGCAAAUGACCGAAAAUUGGAGAAAAGAGACUCGAGCAAAUGAUGUUGUGGUAUUGGAGCAUGAGAUUGAUAGGUACAUCACCGACCCUAUUGAAGAUGUGGUUGAUGAAUUUGAUGUUUUGAAGUGGUGGAAAUUGAAUGGGGUUAAGUAUCCGGGGUUGGCACUUAUUGCAAAGGAUGUGCUUGCCAUCCCGGUAUCAACGGUGGCUUCGGAAUCAUGCUUUAGCACGGGUGGUCGGGUAGUUAAUUCAUUUCGUGCUUCUUUGACUCCUAAGAUUGUGGAGGCCUUAAUUUGUUCUCAAAAUUGGUUAAGGUCGGAUGACAUUUCCUCUUUACAAUAUGAGCCAACAAUUCAAGAGAUGGAGUUCUAUGAAUCGAUUGAAUUAGAUAUUAUGAGUUCAUCCACACCUAGCACCAUAGCUCCAACUACUUUUCAAUGUUAG